AGGUGGUUUGUUGCUAGUUGUUGGAUAUUGAGAACAUCAGUGUACUUGCCUCCUGGGAAUAUCGCCUGUGAAUGCAGUUGCUGGAUCAUUUGGCGGAACACACCAGGAGCCCCAGCGCAACCCUCCCCUCCAAUGUGCCUUCAUGCCGGUCCCCGUCAUCCAGCGAAGAUGGCCCCAGUGGCCCUUCCAGCCUCGCAGAUGGGGGCCUAGCCCACAACUUACAGGAUAGUGUCAGGCACCGCAUCCUCUAUCUCUCAGAGCAGCUGAGAGUGGAGAAGGCCAGUCGGGAUGGCAACACUGUGAGCUACCUCAAGCUGGUAUCCAAAGCACACCGGCACCAGGUGCCGCACAGCCAGCAGGCCUUUGAGAAGGUGAACCAGCGCGCCUCCGCCACCAUCGCCCAGAUCGAGCACAGGCUCCACCAGUGUCACCAGCAGCUCCAGGAGCUGGAGGAAGGCUGCAGGCCCGAGGGCUUACUGCUGAUGGCAGAAAGCGACCCAGCCAACUGCGAGCCACCCAGUGAGAAGGCCCUGCUUUCAGAGCCCCCCGAGCCAGGUGGGGAAGACGGGCCGGUCAGCCUGCCUCAUGCCAGCAGACCCUUCAUCUUGGAGAGUCGCUUCCAGAGCUUACAGCAGGGGACGUGCUUAGAGACAGAGGAUGUGGCCCAGCAACAAAACCUGCUGUUGCAGAAGGUAAAGGCAGAGCUGGAAGAAGCCAAGAGGUUCCACAUCAGCCUCCAGGAGUCCUAUCACAGCCUAAAGGAGAGGUCUCUGACUGACCUGCAGCUGUUGCUGGAGUCCCUUCAGGAGGAGAAGUGUAGGCAAGCAUUGAUGGAAGAACAGGUGAAUGGUCGCCUGCAGGGACAGCUGAAUGAGAUUUACAACCUCAAACACAAUCUGGCCUGCAGCGAAGAGAGAAUGGCCUAUCUAUCCUAUGAGAGAGCCAAGGAAAUAUGGGAGAUCAUGGAGACCUUCAAGAGCCGAAUAUCCAAGCUGGAGAUGCUACAGCAAGUCACCCAACUGGAGGCAGCGGAGCACCUCCAAAGCCGUAUCCCGCAGAUGUUGUUCAAGUUCGUGAGUCCGCGCCUCUCACUGGCAACCGUCCUCUUGGUCUUUGUCUCCACCUUGUGUGCCUGCCCCUCGUCACUGAUCAGCUCACGCCUGUGCACCUGCACCAUGCUGAUGCUGAUCGGGCUUGGGGUCCUGGCCUGGCAGAGGUGGCGCGCCAUCCCUGCCACAGACUGGCAGGAAUGGGUCCCCUCCAGGUGUAGACUGUACUCCAAGGACUCUGGGCCUCCAGCAGAUGGACCCUAAGGGGCCAGGAGGGCCACCUGCCUUAGCUUGCUAGCUCCCUCCCUCCUCCUGGGUGCUGAGGGCAUCCAGCAAGCCCCUCCACAGCUCUUGCUUGCCGAUUAUGUAACCACCAGCCUGGUGAAAUGGAUAUAGACGCCCACCUGCCUCACACUUCUGUUUUGCCAGGAUCCUUUCACGCCAUCGGUAGACAUGAGGCUCGGGAAAACUUAAAGUCUAUGAGGCGCUCUCUCCUCUUUAUCCCCCUUGCACCCUCUCGAGACCCAGUGCCUGCACACGCAGAGGCUCAGGUGGUCCCACGCUGCAGUGAAAGCCUCUGUGACUUUGUUGGUUUUGGCAAAGAUAAAUUACAUUUAUUUUACAGGGAUGGAGAAGGAGGGGGAAAGGAGAGGUGGCCAAAGCCCCGGUGGGCGGGAUGGGUAGGAGGCAGACCUCAUGCCGGUGAUACCGAGGACACAGAUGAGACCUCCGUUUUGGAGGCGCUGGAGAGUUCAGAGCCAUCGUCAACCUUCUUCCCAAAAAGCUGCAAGAUGCAGUUUCGAAACUGGAAGGACAGAAAGUGUUAUUGAGCAGAGCAGGGAAGGGUGGAGCACUGUGCUGAACGUACGCGCCCGAGCCUUCCCUUCACCCAUUCCGAAUCCCAUGGGGGAUGGAGGAAGGCUUGGAUUAUUUCUCCCUCACACGCGGGGAUGUCAUCUGACUUAGCAGUUGAUGGUGACUACACUGGGUUGAAGUGUGUCCCCCAAAAGAUGUGUUCAGGUUAAGAUGAGGUCACACUGGAGCAGGGUGGGCCCUAAUCGAAUGACUGGUGUCCUGAUAAGAAAAGGAACGCUUGGACACGGACACGCAGACAGAGGGAAGAAGGCCACGUGAAGAUGAAGGCAGAGACUGGGGUGACACACCUUGGAGUCAAGGAACGCCAAGGACUGCCGGCAGCCCUGCAGCUGCUUCUCCCUCUCGGCCUCCAUAGGGAACCUUUCCAUUUGCCAACACCCUGAUUUCAGACUCAAGAUUUCCAGAACCCUGAGAGAAUCCAUUUCUGUGGUUUGAAGCCACUGAGUUUGUGGUAGUUUGUGGUAGUUUGUGAUGGCAGCCCCAUGACACUCAUCCACAGUGACAGCUAAGGGGCAGUGGUGACCUGUCCCCAGACUGUCUGGUGAGCGGCUCAGAGGAAUGCUAAUGAAAAGGCAUGUGGUUGUCAUGUUUUUUCCAGUCCAUGGAUCUGGGGCAAGGUGAGGCCUAGGUAAUGACAAUCUAGCCCCUACCUCAUCUCUCCAGCCAAGCGUCUUCCGGUACCAGGAGGGGUCUGUCUUUGCUGCUUCACCCCAAAGAGAUCUGGGCCAUAUGAAUGUCUCAAAUCAUGUCCUGUGUCAUCACUGAAGUAACCACAAUGCUUUGAGGACCCAGACCAAACGCAUUUUCUAAAUAUUUCAGGCCUACUCUUGACUAGCUCUAACUCCCUCUAUCAUCAAAACUCUC